AUGGCAUCCAUUAACAUGUCAUAUCUGGACCCCACAACAGUGAUGCUAAUUGGGAUCCCUGGACUAGAGCAUGUGCAGUUUUGGAUUGGAUUUUCCUUCUUUGUAGUAUGUGUGGUGGCUUUUCUGGGAAACAUCAUUUUACUGAUCAUCAUUCCUGCAGAACGCAGCUUGCAUCAACCCAUGUAUAUCUUCCUGGCAGUGCUGGCAGCCACUGACAUAGGACUCUGUGUAGCUAUUGCUCCCAAGAUGUUGGCCAUCUUCUGGUUUGGCUCCCGUUCCAUGGCUUUUGAUGCUUGCUUAGCCCAGCUUUUCUUCAUCCAUUCCUUGCAAGGCAUGGAAUCUGGCAUCCUGUUGGCCAUGGCCUUUGACCGCUAUGUUGCCAUCUGUGAUCCACUGAGGCACACAUCCAUCCUCACUCCUUUCAUCUUGGUUACUUUGGUGCUAGUUGUGGCAAUUCGGGCAAUGGUGCUCGUUGGCAUUCUACCUGUUUUAAUCAAAAGACUACACUUUUUCCAUUCCAUUGUGAUUGCUCACUCUUACUGUGAGCACAUGGCUGUGGUCAAGCUAGCUGCAGAAGAUAUCCGAGUCAAUAAAACAUGUGGUCUCCUUGUAGGUUUUACAAUACUGGGGUUUGACAUGAUUUUUAUUAUUAUUUCUUACAUUCUUAUUUUCCAGGCUGUUUUCCGUCUACAUCAAAAGGAGGCUCGGCUCAAAGCAUUUAAUACAUGUACAGCUCACAUUUUUGUUUUCCUUGAAUUUUAUAUUCUUGCCUUCUUCUCCUUCUUCAGCCACCGUUUUGGACAUGUUGCUCCCCCUACCCACAUUCUUCUGUCUACCAUCUACCUGCUUGUGCCACCUGCACUCAACCCUAUCGUCUAUGGUGUAAAAAACAAGGUGAUUCGUAAACGUGUGGCACAGAUUUUUUUUCUGAAUUGUCAAUCCCGGCAGUAA